CGCGUCUCCCCGCCAGUUAACGAAGGCCCGCUGACUUAUCAACGUCUACGACGCAUGUGUAUUGUAUGCCCCAAGUCGGUGAACGUAGACGGCCAAGGUUUAGUUUUAGUUGAGAGAUAGGUCUCUGGUCAAUUAUCUUUACUAUCCAAACGAUUGCUUUACUAGGAUAGUUCUUGUCGGUCGUGGACCGAAACAACACACGGUGCCCUUGUUGGGCCACCCAGGGUUGCUCAGACAGUUCUUGCUGCUUUGCUGUAACACGAUCUCUGACAGCAAGUCCUACUUAAUCCCUGGUUCAAAACGACACCACAAUAAUCACCGGUGCGGCUGCAGACCAUCAAGGCAUGUCCAGCGUCCACCUCGGUUCAAAAGCCUUCGUUCUUCAAAUCGAGUUGAAUCGCCUUUGCCGCACGAGUCAAACAAGCGUCGGCUGGCUUCAACAAAAAGAUGUGCGCGAUCUGCCGUGUCAAAACGACUCUUCUAAAGACGGGUGUUGGUCCCAUUACUAACAGGACUAUGGCCAACCGGCCCCGUAACCAUCCAACCGAGCAAUAGAUCAGGCCUAGCUUCUGCUCAGAACAGGCAGGUAGAUUAGCUCGCGCUCGGGUCAAACUCGCUAUUAAGACGGUAUGCGGCGCUACUUUGGUGGCUUAAGGAGGGAACUGAGAGCGCCAUAAAAACGAGGCCCACACCACACCUCGUUCCGCCCCAGGGGCACGCCUUGACCUUUCAGUUGUAUUUUUUUGAGGCUGCCCGUCCGGAAUUCAAACCCUAAGGUCCGGACGCAUCCCCCACCUGCUGCAUUUGUUGAUUGUUUCCUGCUUGCUGCAGAUGUUACAGCUGGUGGGGUGUGCACGGGGCGAUUCUAUAGCUUGCCUUCGGACCGGUAGGAUAUCGCGGGUUAGAGGCUAGAUGGACGCCGCGGCGGGUGCAAUCUCAGCCGGCCGCCCUCUUGGCCGUUGUACUGAUGUGAGAGAACAAGUAAAACAGAAGCCAUCUCUUCCACAAGCGCCUUUGAUGAACAGCGGCGGCGGAUGGCUCAGGCCAACAUCCGCCCAAAAGACGUCUUUGCUACUGUACCUACCGGGCCGCUGUCUUGUUACCUCCCGGACCGUUAAGUUGUUGGGUCUAUUGACACAUGCAUGGUGUAUGGCGGAGUUUGGUAAUGACUUGGCACCCUCUCCUUGGGUUUGGUUAUAAACUUUUGACUUCACGCCCUGGGCCGCACGGCCGCACGCCUCUGAACGAACCAAUUGAAGUAGCAGAAGGGCCGAGAGGUAAUUCCUGGCGUUUUGAGUGUGGCGCCACGACUCGGGCGAUAAAAGCGCUUAAAAAUACAGCGGUGCCAGCAUGUUGGAUAUUGCGGGUGACGCGGAAGCGCAAUGUCUCGCUUUUUUGGGGAUCGGCGGGUACUUCAGCUGCGCCUCUAAACGAGUGACGUUGCAGCUGGUUCGCGGCGUGUCCAAUUUGUUGCCAUUAUAGGGCGGAUAUGAGCGUGUUAUAUAGCAUUCUUGACUCUGUUGGCGCCGCCCGUCGGCGUUGCCUCAGAAUGGACCGACGGGGAGCGCCAAUCGCACCGGCGGCGUCUAAUACGAUGAUACAGCGGCUACCUUGUACUGGCGAGAGCCGAAGGACGCAAGACUGACAUUGACUUGUGAUGAUACUUGUGUGGUUGAGAAUACGACUUGCAGUAAGUACAGAGGUGUCUAGGUUGGAGCAUGGGAGGUGUGUAAGUUCUUGGCUGCAGGCAGACUAUUGGUGACCAACAAGCUGGCCGUGGUUGUGGCCGGAAAAAUUGACGCCCCGGCGGGCGCGCUUGGGGGCUGUCCUGUGCCAAGGCAGCGGCACUUGGAGCUAUGCAAUUGGCGAUUUUUGCGCAAACGAUUUGCAACACAAUCUUGUAGAUCAAGAUUCAAAGACAUACCCGGGCGAAGCUAAUAACGGUGAAUCGGUAAAAUCGCCCGCGCUUGACGACACCGACGCCACUCUUGAAUCCAUUCUACCACCCGCGAGCCUCGGUCCUGCUGUGACGCAAGAGCUACGAUCUAAAUCGAGUUGUGCGAUUUUAUAUACAGAAACCAUGGAGACCCCCAAAGUACCCGAGAUCGAGCCUUCGAAAUCUGUCAUUGGAUAUCUCAGUGACUGGGGCAAAUCCUCAAUGCCUCCCGCACUGCUCGCCACGCUCAUCACCGCCCUGCAUGCUCGCCCCGUGCAGAUGUUGCCGCUGGCCGUCUUCACCCCACCACUUCUCUUCGCCAGCUACCUCAACCUCUCCGGCUUCGAAACAGGCAGUGCCGGUCUCACAGCAGCUUGGUCUGGAUUAUAUGCGCUGCUGGCUCUGCGACGCCGCCAGGGCUUGCGCGCCAAGUUCUCUGCUAGAGGUGUUGUCCGCGCCAGCGCCAUUGGUCUUGGUGCGGCCAACGCUGCUGCUGGAGGCUGGGUAUAUAUGAAUGGUGACUUUGAGAAGGAUGAAGAGGCGCGAAAGGCCAGAAACAGAUGGGGUUCCUCAUAAAUAUGCAGCCUGUUCUACUGACAGCAUGGUGAUGAUGCCGUAAAGUGAUUUGGUAGUAAUAUGCUGCAAAGCUACCGACGUCAUCGUUUUACGGGCAAUCGAUUCGGGAAACACAUUCCGAUUGUGUCAACGGGCACAGCGCUUCGCCAUUGCGUUGCCUCUCAGCCUUUCUUACUGUACCUUGUAACAUUAGCAUCAUGAUUUUCAAUGGAAUAGCGUUUAUAUGGAACUGCGCGUCAUUCACAAGCCGACUAUAGUUCAUUAACCAAGUGGCUAUUAACAGCACAUUGGCAUGCAUGUCACUGCUUGCGAAUUUACAGUGGCAAUGUAUGAGGCAACAAGAUCAACCAGCAUAGAAGCUGCUGUUGCUUGCAAUAUAUGAAUCGGCAUAGUGCCGCAUGAAAACACAGGACAAAAAGAAUACAAAUAGCUUCAGGAACUAGAGCCUGUAGCGACCAUUCCACCAAUAACAUACAAAGACAGAACGUGAAAGAGCUGUCAUGAGAGAAAUACAAGAAAAAGCCAACUCUCGACACAUGUGGCGGUGCCGAGAGUCGUUGCUCUAUUGCCACCAUGGAUAUCAGCGCUUGAAUUUCCGUGUGGGUUUGCUUUGAAAACAAAUGAAAAUAACAAAAAGGAAUAAAAAAGAAAGUGCAACGCGACAUGAAGUGAACCGGGCCGUAAUAGUGCCCAGCAGUGCAAACGCAAUCCCAGAUGAUGCAAAUCGUUCUUCCGGCAAACACCAAUGCCUCUAAAGAAACUCCAAAUUCCAAGUAUGGUGAAAUUAUGUCUGGCCUGUGCGUAGCAGUCCAGAUUUCCCCUAACUGAGCUCGUUCUUGUGGCCCAUGUAGAUGGCUCAGUGACUAUGAGAUCAUGUCAUAUGGCUGAUCGUAUGUCAUGAAUAGGCAUCGACAGGCUGUGUCACCGUCAUCUGUGACCCUGAAACAAGCCAUAUAACCAUAACAAAGGAUGAGAAUAAAAGCGUGCGGAGAAAAGUUCUCACCUGCACAGGACUGAAUGUGACAGGUUGGCCGACAGAAAGCUCCAAAGUAGCAGUUUGGAACUCAGUGAUGUAAUCAAGAUCGCAGUCGCGAAUCUUGGGCUCAGCGUAGCUUUUGUACUCAUCCAAGACGGUGGGAAGCGACCAACCAGAUAACUUGCGAGCAACACCAACAACACAUCCAGUGCGAUGCUUGCCUUGGUUGCAGUGCAAGAGGACCGGAUGGUUCUGCCUGUCCAGCAUAAUCUCGAGAAUGGAUGUCAUGGUACUCAAAGGAAUGGCCUCCUUCUUGGUUCCCUGCAUGUAGAUUCUCUUGUGCAUGAUGCCGUUCUGGACAGUAAAGGAGCGUAGCUCUUCAUCCAGCUCAUCCUUCUUGACAAGGGUGAUGACGGUUUUCAGCUUCAGUCCCCUGAUAUAAUCAUAAUCAGGGGGCUUGGGGUAUGAACUCCUGUACACUCCAGGAAUGACAACGCCAAAAUUGAGUGGUCUGCCUUCCAAGGGAGCGGCAGGAAUGGCGGGGGACGAUGUAAACGUGGGGUGCAUAGGAACAAUUUUCAACGGGGCGUGAAUAGGCGUAGAAGUGAAGACGUCGCUUACAGCCACAUCAUCGUUGGUAAGGCCUUUUCUCAUUUUCUCCUUUUCCAGAGAAAUGAUAGUUUCUGACAUUUCUUCUUUGAUGGAGUUUCUAGAAUUGCGGCGUGAACGGUAGGAUGGAGGGUUGUAUGGAAGGCUGUUUUCGGUGGACAACGACUCGUCACUGUACGCGCGAGAGCUGCGUUUCGAGGCCAUAACUCGCGUAAAUAUGUGAAUUGGAGAAAAUGAAGAUGAUUUGUAAAGCCAACUAGAGUAGUUGAUUCACGAUAGGUGUUCGGUGUGUAGGUCUGUAGAAGCUCGGAGUUAUCGGUGAUGAGAUCCGGCGCGGUAGGGACGCGGAGUAGAAGAUGCUUAGGUGAGGUUGAAAGGAGCACGCGUAGCAAGAGAGAUGUUGUAGAGUAGUUCUCAAGGUGUAAUUCAGCAGUGUGAUAUCAAGAGAUGAAUCCUGACAGGACGAGCUGAGAAGGGUGAACCCGUGAGGCGAGGUUACAGACAACGCUGCUGCGAAGCGAGACGUAUAUUGUUGGCCAUUUUGUAUACUGUGCAAAGGAAAACGCGGGGUAUUCGUAGGGCGGCCGAGCCUAUAAGUAGGUUUGAAGAGAAAGAGAGAGAGAAAUCGAUCGAAAACGCGAAGGUUGGGGGAGUUGCAAGGUAGAAAAGGAAGCGAUGAGGGGACCUGGUCAACUGGCAAUGUGAUCUAGGCGCUGGCAGGCCGAGAAAAA